GUGAGAACGGCUCUAGGACUGUAUGUCCCAGUAGGAAACUUCACCAGAGGGAAACACGUCUACUGAAAACUUCUUGUGUGGAAAAGCAAAACUUGGCAGCAAACAUCUAAAAUGAAGAAUUCCCUAACUUUUGAGGAGCAAACUGAGUGCAUCAUAAGCUAUCUACUCGAGGACAUCUUAAACCCCCAGGCCCCGAUUGCUAGCCGGAGCUUAAGCUGUGACUGUGAAACUGACUCAGGAGGGGCUGGCUUUUUUGACGAGGCCAUCAUUGCUGGUCGCCUUCGGAUGCUGGCUGACGAGUUCAACAAAGAAGUGGAAACUACUGCACAAGCUGUCAUCACAGAAUUCACGCAGGAAAAGGCAAAAGCUAUACUUCAGGACAAAGUGAAGUCCUUGUGUGCUCAGGAUUCCACCUUAGCUUCUGAGAGAGCCUUCCUGGGAAUGUUAGUAAAACUUGUUGUAUGUGUGGCAGAAAAGGCUCCUGAAAUAGCACGUCAGCUGGUUACCCCAAUGACAACCAUGAUCAACGAGAACAGUGGUAUCCGGGAUUUCAUCAAGGGCGAGGGAGGUUGGGAACAUGUGGAAAGCUGCUAAAGAAGAAAUGGAGCUGUUUCCCAACCUUCACAGUGCUUCUUCUUUGCCUGACUGAGUUGAUUGAUUGUUGGCAAUUAAAACAAAGGAUCAAAUAAAAAACGGCUUUCUUUUGCA